AUGACGCCUGGAGAUCCUCGCUCGCAGUUACCCCAGCUCGCAUCUAUCUCGCCAUGGUCCACAUUUGGUAGAGACAAACCGCUUGCCUCUCCCAUUCUCGGCCAACAUGACUUUUCGGGACCUGCCACCCGUCCAGACGAUGCGCAAUUGUAUGGCCCGCGGCGCUCUCUCAGCAAGAGGGACCGUAGGUCGCAGAUUGGCAGAGCUCCUAGUAUAUCGACAAAUUAUCAUGGAUCCACGGCAUUGGCAUCUUCGGAUGCGAUACCUUGUCAAUCUGAUCUGCCCUCUCCCAGUCGAAAAUCUUCUGAACUUGCCGAUGAUGACGAUUCUCCCUCUCCACCAGCUACAAGUCACGGUUCUUCCCAUCAUAACUCUGCACCGAGCCCCCGUAUAGAUUCCCGAGCUCUUACGCCUCACUCUUCGAGAUCGUCCUGUUCUCACCCUGUAAGCGAUUCUGUUGGGGUUGCUGAAACUCAAGGAUCGGACUCCCCUCGCACUUUUGGCCGCCACUCACGACGGCAUACAAGCACAUCGUCUCGUCAUCGUUCCAUGGCAGCAUCAUUCUCGCCUCCUUUGCCUCCUUUGAACCACCCGGAACUUCUCUCAACCUUGUUAUCUCGCUCUCAGUCCAGAAAGAACUACCACGCAACCUCCAGUACGCAUCUCAACUCCUUGAAAGCGGUAGGAAAUACUUAUCCCUCUCGACGGCGUCGUUCCAAGACCAGUGGAGAUACAUACUUCCGUUCACGGCAGCCGACAGAUGCAUUUGGCUCUGGCCGCCCCUUGCGCAAAUAUUCGAGCCUGUCGAGACUUGAACGAGUAUUUCGGAGCUCGUCCAUGGAGCGUCAGGCCUCCUUGUCUACCCAUAGAUCAAAUUCUUUAUCCCUGAGACGUUCCAGUGCGGAUUGGAGCGCUCAUCAAGCCACUAUUGGGUCUACUUCGCAGCUUCCAAGCGAGUACGGAUGGCCUGCUGAAGUCACUCAACAUUUUCUGAAGCUCUCCCUCGGGGAGGUCGCCGGCCGCGGCGCCGUCCGAGCCGGCCAGCUCCCGGAGGAUGCCGGUCCUCGUGUACCCCAUGUGGUCCCCCAGUCAGAAACGCCAUGUCCUUGUCAUUCGUCUCCUCGUAUACCCUCUCUUCAUCUUUCCCCCCAGUGGCCCCCGUCGUCUGCACCAUUAGCAGCGGCUGAGUCCCAGGGCGCCAGCAGUACCUUAUCACGGUCGCGCAUAUAUACCCCUGGUCCGAAUCAGCAGGAGCUUCUGCUCGUGGAAGAUAGCAGGAUGUUGGAACGAGUUGACGCCACGACGCGGAACACGUUGGAGAAGAGCACAGGUGAUUCUGCUCGUGGCUCUGCCAAGAAGAAGCCUCGCAGCAAGCGUGCAUCUCAUACGAGCAUGCCCGCAUCCAUCGCAUCUACUUCAAAAACCCAGGAGGCUGGCCCCUUUCCUCGACUCCAUCCUUCUAUCCCUCCUCCUCUUACCCCUCCUGCCCCCAAAGGCAGAGUUCGAUCUGCAUUGAAACCUACGCGUUCUGCAAGCGAACCUGGACUCACGUCUGUCCUCGAGACACCUACCAACGGCAAAGGCAAGCGCAAGGCGGAAGACCUCGACACGACACCUCCGGAGUUGAGGAGCCAUCAUGCAACUUUUGUUAUACCCGAGGAAGGUCAACGCACACAUCGUACAUCUGAAGUUUCGCGUGCACCCUCUUCCUACCACCGUAAGCGCGCUCGGCUCUCAUCUUCGCCGACAUCGUCCCCCGCCCCUUCGAGACCAGGCUCCGUUCAGCAACAAUCAUCGUGGCCCAGCCGGAACAGUGGACCUCCUCAGAGUCUCUCGCGCAUGCAGCCCAAAGCCGCUUCUAUGAGGUCCAACUAUGGGGAGUCCGCUACGGAUCGCGACCGACGGCGCAGCAUAUCUGAGAUAUCCAUCCCCAUCAGCGCUCUCGUUGCUCCGCAUGCACCGUCCGUGAGCAUGUCGAGCACAUACCACAUGCAUGAUCCCCGGAAGCCCCCAAGGGUAAUGCCGACGGAAUGGGCGCUGCGGUUCAGGUCCCAGGAUGAGGAAGGAUCACCGCUGCAGGCAUGGUGCUUCUUUAUUGGCUUCAUUCUGUUCCCGCUCUGGUGGAUCGCCUCGUUUAGCCCCAUUCCCAAGACACGCGAGGUCGGAGGUACCGACUCGGAAAAAGCGGUCACGAUCGACAAUCCGCAGGUUGAACACGAUGCAAGGACCUGGCGCUUUCGGUGUCGCGUCAUGUCAGCCGUGUCAUUCCUCACCUACAUACCCUUCAUUGUUCUGGUGGCCAUCUUUGUCCCUAGGCGAUAA